UGUUGUUUUAACAGUAAUUUUGCAGAAGAAAGAUUUUAUGUUUAACAUUGUUUUUCAUAUUACAGUACUUUGUGACAAUUUAUUGGUCAUAGAUGGUGGCUCAUACAGUUACAGUACAGAUGGAGAAACUACACAAGUAACAUAUGAAUGUGAUGAAGGUUACAGUUUAUCAGGUUCAUCUAGUGCAACAUGCUCUUCUUUAGGAUCUUGGUCAAAGUCACAACCAAAAUGUGUUCAAUGUCCGCUAGUGGUUGAUCCAGACAGUGGUUCUGUCAGUAUCACAACAGAUGGUGUUGUAAGUACAGCUGUUUUUACCUGUGCAACAGGCUAUCAUGUUGUCGGAGAUGCCUUAAGUGCUUGCAUGGAUAAUGGUUUAUGGAACUCUACCACCCCAAUAUGCGUGUGUGACACACCAUCAUCAAUUUCCCAUGGUUCAUUUACCAUAUCAACUGACCAGUCCAUAGCAACAUACAGCUGUGAAGUCGGGUAUACACUUAAUGGUAAUAUUCAACGAUAUUGUGCGGCUGAUGCAUCUGGUUGGAAUGGAACAACUCCACAAUGUGUAACCUGUGACACUUUGACAACACCAGCUAAUGGUUCCCUAGAUAUCACAACAGAUGGUGUUGUAACAUAUGUUUCAGUAUCUUGUGAUGUAGGUUUUACUUCGGCAGGAGCAACAUCACUUUCUUGUCAGUCCGAUGGGACAUAUGACUAUACAGUGCCUUCCUGUGUUGAGUGUCAGCCUUUACAAGAUCCAAGCAACGGAAGUAUUUCGUUAUCAUCAAAUGCAGCACAAACAUUUGCAACAUUUACAUGUGAUGUUGGCUUUUCCAUGAAGGGAGCAGAACUGUCUUAUUGCCUCUCUGAUGGCUCAUGGUCGUCUGAUGUACCAACAUGCCAAUUAUGUGAGCAGUUUCCGACGAUUUCAAGUAGUUCAUAUACCAUGACUUCUAAUGGAUCUACUUCAUACGUUACUGUACAGUGUGCUGAUUAUUAUCACAUGAUUGGAGAAGCUGAAGUGACAUGUUUACAGAGUGGAGCCUGGUCAGAUUCACCUUCUUGCC